AUGGUCGACGAAGAAUCAGGCUGUCAUCUGCGUAAGCGGCGUUUCGCUGGUACCCCGAACUUGGCCUUGAACCUUGACGUGGGGUAUCAGGUUAAUGAAGGGAGUAGUGGACUUGGUACCCCUUCACCGGGUUACAGUAAAGCAGCACCAACACCAACGUCAGCGCAGCUACGUCGGGAGUUUAGAAAUAAGCAACAAUCCCUUGAUAUCCCAAUAGAAGACUGUGAAGAGAUAGAAAUAAUAAUAGAGAGUGACGAAGAAGGUGAUAAAGAAGAGGAAAACGCAUCUGCCGUCAUCAAAGUUGAUCGUCCUGUUACACCAACACCUGUACAGGACUUUGGGGCGAGUGUUGUGUACACAGAAGGACCACAAGCGAUGGACUUCCUCAACGUAAAUGCGAUAGAACACGACUGCUACACUGAUGUAUCGGAUGCUGACUCUGAUGAAGAAGACAACUAA